AUCAGCUGUUCGCUUUGUGUUGGUCAAGUUGAGUUUUUUGAUCAUUUCAGUCGGAACGAAAGUGUAGAAAUUAUUUGGAACCAUAACUGCGAUUACAAUAAAAAGGAAAUUUUUUAAAAUACGUUUUCACAAUGUAUACAGUGCCCGUGAUACCACCCGAUCUACGUCAUGAGGAAACUAUCAUCCAAGCAGCCUUAGCGCUUGAUUGUCUACAGAAAACAAUAAAUUCUAUAUUUGACCGCAUUGAUAACCGUACCCAACGCAAUAAUGCGAAAGUUCAAGAGCUAAGUACUCGUAUCGAGCGGGCACAGUCCAAAAUACGUAGUUUGGUUGGUACAAAAAAAUCGAUUAAAAUUUACUCACCCGCUCGCUUUCCGUCAACUAAAUUUUUCCUAGACAUACCACAAACUUUUGGCAAUUCACACACAAUGUUGGAGCAACAGCGUCAACAGAAACAAAAUGCUGCCUAUGAAGUUCAUAGUCGCUCGGAUGCACCAGCAACUCAAGCUUUACAUGAAAAGUUAGUGUUCUUUCACGUCCGUUAUAAUGAUACUGAUGCCCCAUUACAUGGUCCCACUGUGGCGGGCACUAAGGCACAAGUAAACAAGAGCGUUGGUAUGGGUGUAGUACCAGAGAAACUACGCUCUAUAUCCUCACUAUUACAUUGUAAUAGCGAUGAAGUUGUUUACGGGAGCGAAAGUGUUGAAAAGGAUGCGUGGAGAAAGGCGAAAUUUCUUAAAUCAUCACGACAACGUCAAUACAAUAGCACAGAACAAAAACAUCUAUUGGAACCAGCUCCUCACUCCUUAGCGCAUCGCAAUCAGAAAGUCAACUCCUUCGGUGGUCUUCGUUACACGCCGCGUCUACACGAAGCGCCGGAAAUAGAUUUACCGCUUGACUUGCCGGACUUGCCAGGUAUUGCGGAUGAUAUACAUUUUGAAGGCAAAGAUCAGCAGCAAAUCGCGCCAUCGCUAUACAUUGAGAACUUACCCGACUUGCCUGAAUUGGAGCAAGCGGCCGCAGACGUUGCAAGCAUUCCGAAGUUAACUGCAGAGCAGUGCACCGAUAAUGUACAGCCGCCAGUACCGCUAGUAGCACAAACAAUCGCCACAAAAUCUAAUGUUAUUGUUCAAUUAGCGGCGGUAGCACCUCCGCCACCACCACCACCACCGCCACUGCCACCAACACAAACAGAAACAAUUCCAGCGCAAAAAACAAGUGAAAAGUUAGAAAAAUUGAAUUUGCCGCAAUCGAAUGUAAACAAUUCGCGCACUGAACUCAUGGAUGCCAUUCGUAAAGCGGGUGGCGCACGCGGAGGACGUUUGCGCGCUGCUGCGCCUGUUGACGUGGUCGACAAUCGUUUAAGCUCUAAAGGUAGUGAAACUAAAUUGAAAACCAGCAAUACCGGUGGCGGCGACCUAAUGGCAGAUUUGCAUAACAAGCUGUUAAUGCGUCGAAAGGGGAUUUCUGGAGCCAAAGACAAAGAAAAUAUUAACGCCGCUGAAACUGCACAUAAAGGGUCACUUAGUUUUGGUGCAACUACAACUGGCAACCCGGUUAUGUCGCGCCUAUCAGCCUUAAUACCACCACCAGUUGGACGAAAAAACUCGGAUGAUGACGACGAUGAUAACGAUACCGAUUGGGUAGAAUAGCGAUGGUGUAAACGGUCUAGCAUGCAAACUGCAAUCACGUGCAGUACAUUAAUAACUUCAACUUAGGAAUUUGAAAUUUAAAAUCAAAAUUCGAUAAUUGUUUAAAAGAAUUUUAAUAUUUUUAACAUAACAAUAUAAUAAACAAAAUCUCAUUAAAACAAU